AUGGAUGAAGUGUACAGCAAUGCUGAAAUAAAAUCUUCUAUCAUCACAGGUUCUGGAGCAAAGGCUUUUGUUGCUGGUGCCGACAUUACUGAAUUUGGAAGUUUAUCAAUUGAAGAAGGAAAAACAUUAGCCAAACGUGGGCAGGAUGUUUUCCUCAAAAUUGAACGUUCACCCAAACCUGCUGUUGCCUGUGUAAAUGGUUUUGCUUUAGGUGGAGGAUGUGAACUGGCCAUGGCUUGCCAUUUUAGAAUUGCAAGCGACAAUGCAAAAUUUGGGCAGCCAGAAGUGAACCUUGGUUUAAUUCCUGGCUAUGGGGGAACGCAACGUUUGGUGCAAUUGAUUGGGAAAGGAAGAGCCAUAGAACUAUUGAUUUCUGCCAACAUGAUUGAUGCAAAUACCGCAUUACAAUAUGGGCUGGUAAACUAUGUUGUGCCUCAAGAGGAACUAUUAAAUAAAGCAGUUUCCAUUUUAAAUAUCGUCAACACAAAAUCACCAUUGGCUAUUGCAGCUUGCAUCACUGCUGCCAAUGCAGUUUGGGAUGAAAGCAAAGAUGGCUUUGCAGAAGAAAUCAAUGCUUUUGGCAACUGUUUUGGCACUGAUGACAUGAAAGAAGGCACUACUGCAUUCCUUGAAAAAAGGAAAGCUGUUUUUGUGGGUAAAUGA